AUGAAAAAUGCACGACCACUACGAUCGUCUGCUAUUGAUAUUCAUCCGAAUGCAAAAUGGAUACAAAAUGGUCACACUGUAGCUGGAGGAAAUAGAUUUGGCAAUAGAACCAAUCAACUCUAUAACCCAUGUGGUUUGUAUGUUGAUGAUGAUCAAACUAUCUAUGUCGCUGAUCAAUUGAAUCACCGUAUUGUGGAAUGGAAACAGGGUGCAACGAGUGGUCAAGUGAUUGCCGGAGGAAAUAGACAAGGAAAUGGGGAUCAUCAAUUAUCUAUUCUCUCGGAUGUGAUUGUCGAUAAAGAGAAAGAUAGUCUCAUCAUCUGCGAUAAUUCGAAUAGAAGAGUGGUUCGAUGGCCUCGUCGAAAUGGAACAACUGGAGAAACGAUCAUCUCGAACAUCAUGUGUGUGGGUUUGACUAUGGACGAGAAUGGAUCUCUCUAUGUCAUUGACUUUGAAAAAGAUGAAGUGAGACAAUAUCGAAGAGAAGAAUCUCAAGGAACAUUGAUUGCAGGUGGCAAUGGAAAUGGAAAUCGUCUCAAUCAACUCUCUUACCCACAGUACAUAUUCAUUGAUCGAGAUCAUUCAGUAUAUGUAUCUGAAUAUGGAAAUCAUCGUGUGAUGAAAUGGUUAGAAGGUGCAAAACAAGGUAUUGUCGUGGCUGGUGGUCAAGGAAAAGGAAAUGGUCUUACACAAUUGUCAUAUCCUCAAGGAGUUAUUGUCGAUCAGUUUGGCACUGUUUAUGUGGCGGACGACGGGAAUGAUCGAAUUAUGCGUUGGAUCAAGGGAGCCACACAGGGAGAUGUCAUUAUUGGUGGAAAAGGUGAAGGAGAAGAAUCAAACCAACUUAAUGGACCCGUUGGUUUAUCAUUCGAUCGAUAUGGCAAUCUUUAUGUUGUUGAUAACGAAAAUCAUCGAGUACAAAAAUUCAAUAUCGAUUCAAAUGCAUGA